AUGCUAACGGCAUCACGUAGGCCGUCCACACUCGACGCCUGGCUCGCUCGUUGGGGUCUCCUCGACUGGCUUCGCCUCCUCUGGUGCGCCGCCGUGCUCUGGUUUGAACUUGCUUCCUUCCUCUGGGCCCUCCGCACAUGUUCUUGGCCUGACAGUGCGCUUUCUCUGUCCCAUGAGAGACCUGCGCACGUCCUCCUUGUCGCAGACCCGCAGGUGAAGGUCCCGCUACCCUCGAAUUUUGUGGGUUCGCUUUCGCGGUGGAUUUCCGAUCUUACCCUCCGCCGCCACUGGUUCUUCGCUUCGGGCAAGAACCCAGAUGUGGUUGUCUUUCUGGGAGACAUCCUUGCCUCAUGGCGGACGAUAAGAACGGACGAAGAAUACGAAAUACACUACCGCAAGUUUAUGGACCUCUUCGGGCGCAACCGACGCGUGCCGUCAUACUUCGUCCCAGGGAACAAUGACGUGGGACUCAACAUCGACCCCACUGCCGCCCGCCAAGCAAGGCUGCGAUUCACCAAGCACUUUGGGCCGUUGAACCAAAUGAUUUCCAUUCGCAACCACACACUCGUUAUGGUUGACGCACCCGGGCUCGUUGAGGAAGAUUACAUACGGGCUGCAAAGUCCACAGAGUAUAAGGACUGGACGCCGAAGCCCCACGGGCCUGUUGAGUUCAUCCAGUCGCUACGACAAGCCAAUGAGUCGAGCCAUACCGUACUCUUCUCGCAUAUACCGUUGUAUCGACCCGAUACAGCGUCAUGUGGACCUCUUCGGGAGAAAGGGACGAUUCGCCGCGGAGCCGGGUCCAGCUACCAAAACACAUUGGGCAAGAAGACAUCCACCUACAUGCUCCAGACCCUCAAUCCGCAGAUGGUAUUUAGUGCGGAUGACAAGGAUUACUGCGACUAUAUCCACGUCCCUCCUCGCAACAUCGGUUCUAACGCCUCCACUACCUCAGAAGACCAAUCUGAAUCUUCAAGAGCGCAGAAAGUCCGCGAGGUCACCCUUAAGGCGUUUUCUCCAUCAACAGGCAUUCACUAUCCUGGAUUCCAGCUCCUCUCUCUCGCCACCCCCACAUCCGUCGAUAGACCAUUCGUCUCGACGAACGCCUGCUUCUUCCCUGACUACCCCUCAAUCUACGCAUGGCGUUACUUGCCUCUCUUCCUCCUCACAGCGAUCACUCUUGUUGUUCUCCGUCAACGCAAACUUAAGACCCCGCAUCAUCUCCCUACACAUCACCGCCGCUCCACACUCGCCCAAUCUUUUUCCAUCUCCUCCCUUCCCAUCCCCUCGUGGACACAAACCUCCCACCCUCCGACACCCUUCACCCAGGACUGGGCUCCCUCCACCCCCGGGUUCUUCCGCUCCCGCACCCCAGGCAGUCCCACCGACGCUUUCCCCAAGGACUCGCUUCGCGCCCCCACUAUCUCCCGCUCCGUCUCCGGCACCUCCACGCACGCCCGCGACGGCAGUCUCUCGGGAGCGCUCCCUACUGGGCCCGCGCACCUUGACGCGGAUGAGCUCGAGGACGAGUUCGCGUACGGCCGCUACGACCAACGCGUCCCGUUCCGCCCGAAGGAGUGGGAGCGCGGCCCGGGCGGAGACUCGCACGCGGACGACUAUCCGUUUCCGCACCACGACCCCGACGUGGCGAGGAUGGGGAGCACGGCGGUGGCGAGGGGAACGGCUUCGCGGUCCACGGAGGCCUGGGAAUGA